AAACAUAUGUAAACAGGAGUCUAUAAAUUUAAUAAACAUGUUUUUUAACUAUUAAUAAAAACAUUUGCAGAAAAUCUACAAAUAGUUUGAAAUGGUUCUGAUUCUGAAUACACAUUUAAAAAAAGAUGCCACCUGAAAUAUUCAAAGGCCAUAAAAUAUUACUAUUUGUAUAAAGAAAACGCGAAGUCCAAAUCAAUUAGUCCAACAUUCUUGGUCAAUAAAUGCCUUUUGCUUACACACGCACCCACACACAACUAUAUAUACACACACAAGCCUUUCCAUCUCAUAACUCAACAACUCUUUUUGACAAAGCCAACAUUUUGAGAGAGAACUCUUAAGAGAAGUAACAAAACCGAAGUUAAGUUAAAGAUCGAUGGAGAAGAAGAUUAUGAUCUUGUUGUGCAUCAUCUUCUUGGUGGAGACGUUUUCGAUUAUUGGGGGUGUUGAUUGCAGAGCCCUGCGAACAGAGCAAACGACCGGCUGUGAUCAAACUACCGCCACCGUAGAGAAUGGUGGUUUUGGCUUUUUCUCGGGGGCGGCGAACGGUUCGAGAGACCAUCUUUUGAUGAGGAGCUUGGCUUUCCGGUUAGCGUCUGGACCGAGCAGGAAAGGACGUGGACACUAAUGAGUCAUGACCAUAGACCAUUGAUGUUGAUUUUCUUUUAUUUUUAUUUUUGCCUUUGCAUAAACUAUAUAUAACGAUUGUGUAUCUAAGUUUGAGUUUCAUUUCAUAGCAAAAGGAAAAAAAAAAAAAGAACAUUAUUUUUUAAAGCAUUGAUUGAUUCGAUGCCAUGUAAUUCACUAAUCAGAGGCUUUUUGUUUGCACAAGUCGUUAUACAUGUAAAGGUUUGAUUUUUUCUUUUUAAUGGAAUACAAAGGAUUAUAGUUUUUUU